CUUCAAUUAAAGAUCUAAAUACCACAAUGCUGGAAGACUGUAAGAUCACAGGAAAAUGUGUAGAAAAUCUUCUUGGCCUGAUAGAAAACUCAACAGUUGAAGUGCUUCCUUUGAUCGAAGUGACAAAAAUUUUGGAUGUGGUCCUCAACGCUACAGAGAAGGUUGUAACCUCAUCAUCAGCUGACCCAAAUAAACUUGUGUCAGAUGGAAACCGUCUGUUAAAAGCCAGUGAGAAACUCGUUUCCAUGCUGGUGAGACCAACAAACACAAGUGUCUAUGUCAAUUUUACACUUGACACUGUGGAGGGACAAGUCUUCAUGGUUGGACCACAGGUCACCUUAGAUAAAAUCCCUCAACUCGACACGUCAAAUUCUUCUGUGGACAUUGAUCUCAUUGGGAUUGCCAAGAACAACAAUAAAACAAGAUCAGCUGCUGUGGCUUUCAUGAGCUACAACACGAUGGAGAAUCUACUGAAGCCAGACUUCUUCAACACACCAAAGGACACGAUUAAAACCAUGAUGUCCACUGUGACCUCAGCUACUCUUCCCAAAACCUCCAACACUACACUAACUAAACCAGUCAUCUUCACCCUCAAACACAUCAGAGAGUUUGAUCCAAACGGUUCUCUGUCCUGUGUAUACUGGAAUAUCAGCGAGUGGAUUGUAGAUGGUUGUUCUGUUUUAACGACCACCAGCAGCUACACUGUGUGUUCCUGUGAUCAUCUGUCCACAUUCGCUCUCAUCAUGCAAACCAGCCGCCCACGAAAGAGCGACUCACUAAUGGAGCUGUUGAAUUUGGUGUGUGUGAUCGUGGGGCUGGUGUUCUUCAGUUUGGCCCUGUUGACCUUUGCCCUUUGUCGGUGGAGUCCUGGAGUGAAUAAUGUGGCUCGAAUCAACAUCUGCAUCAGUCUUCUGUUGGCUCACCUUCUGUUUCUGCUCACACAGCAGUUCCUGAGCCUCAUACGUCCUCUGCAGGUGCUGUGUGCCGUGAUCUCAGGCCUUCUGCAAUUCCUCUUUCUCUCCGGAUUUGUUUGGAUGUUCAUUGAAGCUGUGCUGCUCUUCAUCUGCGUGGAGAACUUAUCACAGAUCAGCUCCAUUAAUAGGACGGUGCUUAGCAGAGAAUUCCUGUGUGUAAUGGGAUAUGUGGUUGCUCUGGUUGUUGUAUCUGUGUCUGUUGUGGUGGAUCCUAAAGGCUACGGAAGUGAAAUGUGCUGGAUAAAAAUAGACAAAGGCUUCAUCUCAAGUUUUCUUGGACCUGUUUGCAUGAUACUAACAACAAACACGAUUCUCUUCAUCAAGAUCGUCCUCACUCUGAACUCAACUCUCAAAAAUCUAAAUUCAAACAUUUCACAAAUAAAACAAACCAAGAUAAUGGCAUUUAAAACUCUGGCUCAGUUUGUGGUUCUUGGUUGCUCCUGGAUUCUGGGUUUCUUUACUAAUGACAGUGAGGUGCUGGAGAUCCUCUUCCUGAUCUUGAACUCCCAGCAGGGAACCUUCAUCUUCCUGAUCUACUGUGUCCUCAAUAAUGAGGUCAGGCAGCAGUACAGGAAGUUCUUCAGAUGUCUUUGCUGUGGACAAAAACAACACCAACUCCUUUACAUGGUGUGGGAUCAUCAUUAA